CAAUGAGUCUGACUCCACCAAGGCUAGUCAGCCAUUAGUGGAACUUCCUGAUUGAGGGCGGCGAACUGAAAGAAAAACUUCAUUUAUACAGCAGAGAUGGCAGCAACCUUGAAACCUUACUUAAAUGCAGUAAGGUCGACUCUUACAGCUGCGAUGUGUCUGGAGAAUUUUUCCUCGCAAAUCGUCGAACGUCAUAACAAGCCUGAGAUCGAAGUUAAGAGCAGCAAGGAAUUGCUGUUGACACCACUAUGUGUUGCCAGGAAUGAAAAGGAACGAGUUUUGAUCGAGGGUUCCGUCAACUCGGUUCGAGUAAGCAUUGCUGUCAAACAGGCUGAUGAAAUUGAGAGGAUUCUGUGUCAUAAGUUCAUGCGAUUCAUGAUGUUGAGAGCUGAGAAUUUCUUUAUCUUGCGCAGAAAACCAAUUGAAGGCUACGACAUAAGCUUUCUCAUAACUAAUUUCCACACCGAGCAAAUGUACAAGAAUAAGCUUGUCGAUUUUGUAAUACAGUUCAUGGAAGAGAUCGACAAAGAGAUCAGCGAGAUGAAGUUGUCAGUUAAUGCAAGAGCAAGAAUAUGCGCAGAGGAGUUUCUCAAAAAAUUUUGAAGGGACAAGUUGUCAAUAUUCUCCGUAGAACAAAUCUGAACAGAUACCAACUUCAUCACAUUUUAUAAUUUUAAACAAAUAUUGAGUAUCCUUUUUCAAUAAGAUAUUGGAAACAUCAGACAAUGGUAUUUUCUGCCCAUUAGUUGUUUAAAAAUAAACUGGAAAUACAAGUUUUUCAAUCUACAA